AUGGGGUUGAGUAGGAAGGAUUGGGCGAAUAAGUUAGAUGAUGCACUUUGGGCAUUUAGGACAGCCUAUCGUACUUCUACAGGUUUUACACCUUAUAGGCUUGUAUAUCGAAAAUCUUGCCAUUUACUUGUUGAUUUGGAGCAUAGAACCCUUUGGGCCUUGAGAACUUGCAAUUUUGAUGUUGAUUCUGUAGGUAAACAGAGACAGUGGCAGCUCAAUAAGUUGGAUGAGUGGCACCAGCAAGCUUACGGUAACUCAUUCAUUUACAAGGAGCGGACUAAGAAAUGGCACGACAAGUGGCUGAGGGGCUCCAAAGAGUUUCAAGCUAAAGACCGAGUUUUGCUCUACAAUUCACGUCUUCGUUUGUUCCCAUAUGUUCCCAUACUUGUGUACAAUUUAAAAUUGAACGGGCGAAAAAAGAGAAAAGAUCAGCGAUAUUAA